AUGUCAGGGACGCUGAAAGAGAAGUUCAUUGACCCCGAUGCCGCAGUCUGCAGCACUUUCUUCCGAACCACCGAUGCCUCGGAGAAGACAUGGCGUGAUGUGGCGCUCGUAGCUGAGUUGGAUAACCACACCUUUUGGACGGUUGUUGCAAACCACGGGAAUUUACCGCUCGUUCUGAGAAAUCUCAUCACCGCUGUGGAUGUUGCUCACAGCUCGGCAUUCCAUCGUCAGCUUAAGCGAAGUGACGAGCAUGCCUUGAUCACUUUUAUUGUUCGUUUAGCUACCACUACGUCUGCUGUUUUAUCUGUGGGCGUCAGCUUGACAAGUGUGGCGAGGCACCUUGAGGAAAUUAUUCCGCCCGAUCUAUUGAUGCCUGUUUCGCUGAUCAUCUUGCGACACUGUUUCUCCAUUGCCUCUGUAACGAUUACAUCCCUUAUUCUUCUUAAUCCUUUGUAUUUGUGUGCCAUGUCGGCCACGGCAACCUCUUGGUGCAACGCGACCUCUUGUCUUUCCGUUCAGUGCGUGAGGGAAGUUGCGAGGGGCAGACAUCAACGACUAGCCGGAGACGUGGUUCAACUCUUUGAGCAGGUAUACCGUCAUGUGAAACAGUUAUGGGCACUUGUGCACUGUGCCCCAUUUCUUGCGGAUUACAUGCCGUUAACGCGCGUGUUACAAUAUUUACGGGUUGUAGUUGAUUUAAUCUCACCCCUUCUUCAGCAUUUUCUCUUAACAUGCACGACGCUCUCCAAGCGUCGUGAGCAGCUCUCCAAGGCGAACUCAGCUAUUCUCAAUGCUGCUGUCAACACCGCAUCGAUACUUAUAUUGUUCCGCACAUACCAAAAGGUGACGGGCUUUGAUCGAUGUCACUGUGUGGAACGUAUUGUGGUGCCUGUCUACGAUGCCCUCACUAGUCACAUUGUGCAAAAGGUGCCUGGGCCUCCCAGUUUGUUGCUCUCCAACACAAGACGACCGUUAACACGAAUAAUACAUGAGCUUUUGCCUCCACAAGCAGGUACGGAUGAAUUGGAAGUGGGAAAAGUAUUACUUCAUUUAAGCGAAGCGGUGCCCGACAGUAAAGACUUUUCGGACGGAUUCUUGGGAGCUCGUUCCCGCUACCUGGAAUUACUUCUGCUGGAGUUGAUACAUCAGGGGUUUCAUAUUGAUUUGCUCAUGGAGGAAAAGUUUAUUACUAUUCAUGAGGCGGAAGAACUUGGGGCAUCGGAGCGGGUUAUCACGCAGGCCAUUCUUGGCAUCGUUGAAAAAACUACAGGGGAUGCAGCACUUCCAAAAAGUGACGGUGGCAACGACGAUGUUACCGAAUUCCCGACUUCAACAGCAGCAGCAGCAGUAACAACAACAAAAACAACAACAACAACAAGAGCUUCUUCAGAUCCAUUAGUGAGAAUUGUGUUGGAUGUUAUGCCCCACUUUAAUGUGGAGGGUAUCAAGGCUGCCUUGUGUUAUUACAAUAAUGACGUGGAAGAUUUUAUUCUUGAUGCCUCCAUGAAUAACAUACCCCCACAUCUUCUCACGCAACUUAGCGAACCCACAUCUUCCUGUUCUGUGGAGAUAUCAGGUCGAGACGAAACGGGGGCGUCUGCAGUCAAUGCAAUCGCCACCGCUGUUCCCACGUCUAGAGUCACACAUACGCUUACUUCAAACGACUACGACAGUAAUUUUGAUGGCAUAAAUUUGGAUCUAUUUAUUAGCCGUGACUUAUGCGAUGUCAUCAACGGUGACGACAGGCCCUUUUCUGGUGAUGAUCUUUCAAACGAUCUUGGUUACACCACGUAUCAUCCUGACAGUCACCGUGGUGCCGCGGAGAUGUUUGAGGUGGAUGAAGCAUUGAGGGAGAAAAUCCGCAUGUUGACCGAAUUGAUGUACGAGGAUGAGUUUGACGACACCCAGGAGAUUGCAGGGGUGUGCGGGUAUGAGGCUGGCCACGAUGCGAACGGCUCGGAUUCGUCGGCUUCAGGCGACGAAAAGGUUGAUGCGGGUCACAUUUCCAAGAGCGGCCUGAGGGAAGAGAGCGCGAUGACGACUACGACGCCACAUCGCCCCCGAACACAAUAUGAUGAAAAACGAUUUCAUGAUACGCGUUCCAAGCAGCGUGAAAAGAAUCUGAAAGCACUAAAGGAAGCGCAGGAGGAUGCACCAGCGUACAUCAAAAAGAAGAAGAUUACACGCAAAAAGAUGCAGCAUAAGAUGGCCCUUACACGUGAUGUGAAAAGGGGCAAACCUGACCUGUGA